AUGAACGCAAGACAUCAACGAUGGAUGAGGCAACGAACGCUGCCACUAUUCAUGGUCACAGUUCUGUGCAUCAUCGGAUUAGAAGGAACGACGAUACGGCUAGUUGCCGGCGAUGGCCAGACAAAGGAUACCGGGAAGGGCGCGACGAUGGGUCCUUUGUCCGUGGACGGACACCAGCUCCACAAUGCUUCCUCCAGCAACGGCGGCGAUCGGCAGCGAAGGUUGAUCCCGUACAUGCAGUACUACGUAACGUCGACGGCAGCGCCGCCGUCGCCGUCGGCGGGAACCGAUAGCGCGGACGGCUAUCAGCCGUCGUUCAAUCAAGUCUAUAAUUAUAGGCCGAUCAAUGUCCCCUUGCGUGAGCCGUCAGACAAUCGACCCAGUUACUAUUCCCAAAAACCCAGCAAACCGCAACAACAACAGCAGCAAACGAUCUACCGGCCACAAGAAGACCCGGUAGCGUAUGAAUACCAAUCGCCCCGGCCGGCACUCCACCACCGUAAGCCGUACUAUGGUACGCAAGCGAAGCUCGUACCGGUCAACAUCAACCCGUUCACGUACGAGUACAACCAUCGGCAUCAAACGCCCGUGAAGGUGGACAGUGUCGGUACAUCACCACAAGCACAACAGCAACAUUCUCCUGCGCAACCGCAUUCGGCCACAUCGUACUCGGUGUUAAGCUCCGCAUCCUCCAGCGAUCAUGGGCCGGAGUUGUACGAACGGCCCAAGUACGCCGUCAUUCCACGCGAGCGAGAACCUUCGUACGAGCCAGUUCCGCCGCAACGGUUCGCUGUCCUCCCGGCGAAAGUGUACGGCAUUGAAAUUCACACCAAAUCUCAACCACAUCCGGACGAAGACGAACGCAGUCCCGCAUCAGGGGGUGGGAAGUUUUACCUUCCGAACGCCCCGGUAGACCACUCACCUUCGAGAAAACCGGCGCUGUAUCAAAGCGUUCCGGUAUAUAAAAAGAACCGGAUUAAUCCGUUCUUACCCUCGAACACCAUUCCGGGCCCGUUCACGCCGAUGACCAGUAGCAGCUCAGCCGGUGUUAGUUCGAGUUCUUCGAACGCACAUAACCAUCAAGAAAGCGCACGAGGGGAGCAGGAAGGACUCGUACAGGUGACGUACGUGAAGGGUCCCGUAACGGAACAACCGUCCGCGUUGGACUACCAAUCGUACGAUCAUGGCGCUCCGGUACACGAUAACCGUGGCCAUCCCGCGGAAGGUUUCCCUCCGUCGCCGUACGUGUUGGUGAAAACGGUACCGAAGUUUUACUACGAAAAACCGAAGAUUCCGGUUGCGGCAACACCGACGCCGGUGCCUUACCAGGUUUACUACAAGGAGAAGCCAAGUACCCAUGACGGACGAAAACAACACUCCAAUCACAGUGGUUAUACAAGACCUCGUAUAGUUGGAGUGGUACCGGUAAGAAUAUCUGCUGAACCACAACAUCCCGUGGAGCACCCAGUCGUCAAUCCGUACUAUCACGUUGGCCCACAUGUGUACAAGGUCCCCGAGCAUGGAGUCGUUCCAAGCAAGGUACAAUCCGUACCACCAACCCGACAGCAUUUAACCGAAACAAUUCUGCCCCAACAACACGCCCAAAAGAUGGUAGUGAAGGAGGUCGUGGCCAGUAAACCUCCGACCGGCGCUGGUCAGUACUUCCUGGGUGCAAACUAUAAGCUCUACAAAGUGCCAGCGAAGCAGCAACACCAGCCCCAUCACCAACAGAACGUUGCCCCGGAUCCGGCGUACCCAUUCGCACAUCCACAAUUGAUUUCAACGAUUUCCAACACCACACCGAAGCCGGUGUUUUAUUCGACCACUCCGGUAACAACCGCCGCUCCCCCGGUGUACCACGAGACGCCGUCCUACCCGGUGUAUACCCAUCCGAAACCGCCGCGGCACAAUCGUACCGAGUACACGGAACGCCAGCGUUUCUAUCCGCAAUCGAUGCGCCAUCCGAACCAACACAAACCGAGACCGAUCCCGUUGGCACCGAUCGUCGAGCGAGAGAAGGAACAUGGAGGAGCGGCAACGACCGCUUCACUGUCGGACCUGCUGAAGAGUUUACAGGACAGCAACUUGCUGCCGAGGACGCUCACGCCGGACAACAUAGAUAACUCCAUUCGAACGUUGGUGAAGAUACUUAACAAUUUGAAAGAAAACGGUCACCACCAUGGUCAGGACGAGGAUGAUACCCGGCAGGCAGCGGUUGACCCUGGGACGCACUACAGUCGACCGAACUACACCACCGUCGAGCCGGAAACGUACGUCGACGCCGACAAAUACCGCAACGGGCCACCGAUGUUGAUCAACAAGAUAGUUUCCCCCGGACCGAAUACGGGCAAACCCGGUAUCGACUACCCUGCGCUUGCCGAAAUCCCCGAGACGAGCUUCAAGUGUAAGGAUCAACGGUACAAGGGAUUCUUUGGCGAUCCGGAAACCAACUGCCAGGUGUGGCAUUACUGUGACCUCAACGGAGGCAAGGCUUCCUUUCUUUGCCCGAAUGGAACCAUCUUUAGUCAGGUCGCAUUGACAUGUGACUGGUGGUUUAAUGUGAAAUGCUCCACAACGGCACAACUGUACGUGCUUAACGAACGUUUGUACAAGUAUAUCCUUCCUUUCACUCCGAAAUUCCCCGAGGAUUACAGUGGCCCAUUGGUUGAUAAGUAUCUUGCACUCAAGUUCCAAGAAAUGGAAGAAAAGAUGAAGCAGCAACGUGCCAAGGGAGCCAAACAGGGUUCGAUUGCGAUACCCAGCGCCGUCCCGGACAACGAUGAAGUCAACGGCAACACGCUGGAGGACAAUGACGAUCGGUAUAAUCAGAAUCAACCGUACCCGGUCAAAUAUGUGACGACAGAGGCGGGACCGGACAAACCGAAGCCUAUGGACUCGCCUUCGUCUGCCGGUCCGAUUACUCUCGAAGAUAUUGAUGCGGAGUUGCAACGAGGCAGCGCCGGAACGGAAGCUUCCAGUAGCAGUACAGCCGCUCCAUCGACCAUGAGGACGGAAGAUGAGAACGAUGGUGGUACCGCCACAUCACCGGCGGUAGCAAACUUCCGAACAUCCUCCGUCCCAUCGACAACUACCUUCAUCAUCUCGACGGAGGAUCCUCCGAAUGACGAUUACCGGGAGAUGAUGGUGGGGCAACCGGAGGGCAGGGAAGAGGAGGAUUUUUCCAACGUUCUCAACACGGAACAACCGACCGGUCCGCCCCCUCCGCCUCUUGUGCAUUUGCCAACGGCGGCCCCGAUGCUGGGCAAGAUUCGAAGGAUCGAAGUGAAAAACGAUGGCACCAGUGGACAUCUGAUAAGGAAUCCAAGUUACGAUCGUAGACGAAGAAGAUGA